AUCCACCGGUCCCGCAGCCGCCAUGCCGCACCCGAAGCUGAGGGGAAGGGGUGGAGAGGUGGCGGAUUCCGCUUCCGGGCCGGCAUUUUCCCUGCGUCCAAGGCGGGAAAUGGCGGCAGGUCCAGCGCUGCCCGUGUUGCCGCCGGCGGGAGAGGCGGGUGCGGGGCCUCCCCUCAGCCCGGCCGCCCCCGCUAGCAAGCAGGACCCGAGAGUGCGGUGCUGCUCCCGGCACAGUCUGGGCGAAGUGAUGGCGCUCUGCGCCCCCUUCGUGCGGGGCCUAGCGGAGGGGCAGCCGGGUGCAGCCGACGCUGCCGGAGACGCGUUCUGGAACUUCGAAACGGCGGUGCGGGAGAACGUUACCAUCAAUGGGGAGCCCUGGGAGGAGACUUGGGGCGACUCGGAGUCGCGGAGCGGUUCCAACAUGAGAAUUCUUGAAGAUCAAUGUGAUGACCUAAUAGUAGAGACAGCAACAAAGCGUAAGCAGUGGCCUAAAAAGAUACUGGUGCAUGCUAUCCAAGCCAUGAAAGCAGAGCAAGAGAUGUUGAAGCUGUAUAAGCCUGUCGUAACACCCGAAGAAAUAAGGUCACAGCCUUCUCAAGAUGCUUACAUCGCAAAUCUGAAGCAGGUGACAGAGAUGGCAUCCAAGCAGAUCAGUGGAGCAAUGAAGUCUCUCCCGGUGCUAAUAGAAAGAGCAGAAGGUUUUUCCCAAGCACUGACCUGGCAGCCAACCUUGGAACUCUGCAAGCUGCGGCAAGAAGUCUUUGCUGGUUGCAAAGCAAAGGAGGAAGAGAAUGUGCAAAACUUCCUAUCACCAGGAGAAGUCACACCAACAGACACUGAUAACAGUAAAAAAUCUUGUGUUUUGCUAAAAAGAAAAAAACCUGUAGAUGCAUCAGAAAGAAGGCGCUACCCCCUUCGACGGAGGAGAAUUGCACUCAGCACAUGAAUUUCUCAUGUAGUAUUUUCCAAUUGGAAAUUCAGCAGGACUCUUGUUCAGGGUGCUCAGUCUUUUUUCUUAAACCUUCAUCUCCCCUCUUAAUUCAGUAACAUACAUGAGAAUGUCCUUACUUAUUUAGUCUUUGAUCCUUUAAGUGUUUCUGGUUUUGCUAUUACACUGAUAAGAUAUGAAAGCCUACAUAUAGCAAUAGGAUCUGAUAGCCAACAAGCGUAUUUAAUGAUUAACUCUCAUUUUUUGCUCUUUUAUUAAAGCACUUCCCUUGAGACCUCAUGAAUUGUGCACAUGCUUUAUGUAUGUGGGCAGUUUUAUAGUAAACUACUAAGUGCUCAUUUACAUUAAGCAUGCCUCUAAAGAGUUUGGAGAAUGUCUAGUUCUCCCAAUGCACCUUUGUUUAUUACUGAGUUGGGUGGCUGUUUUUUUUUACCAACUUCACCCUUGAGCAUAGUAUUUUUUAAUAAACAGUCAAAAAGUUGGCAGUAGAGCAUAUUGGAAACACCAGAUUUGAUACAAUAUUGCAGUUCUUAGAAAAUCGUCACACAAAUUUGACUUUGGUCCCUGCUAUUCCACAGGUCAGCUGUGCUUAUUUGUAGUAAUAUUUCUAAACCCACAUAUUUAAUAGUUGCAUGUGUUUACUUUCAGUGUGCUGUUGUGAACAAGGAUUCAAGCAGCCACAUCUUACCAUCUGAUAUUUCAUGUUUCAUAAUUUCAUACAAUUAUGCUUUCUGGGGGUUCCUGGACAAUAUAUCUGUACAUUACAGGAUCUUUAUUUCUCUCAUGUUUUCAUAUGUUAUAUUUGACUAAACUUUAAAGAUCAGUAUAGGCUACCAGAAAACAGUAGAGCCAGCUUCCUUUUUUUUUGUCUUUACAAGUUAAUACCUAGAUGACUGCACAGUAGUACAAAAAGAAAUACUGUGCCUUGACUGUUGUUACCUCUUUCAGGGUUAGGAUUGCAUGUGCUUGCAGUCAUUACUCAUGUCUAAUAUGUAACGUAUUUCACAGUAAAUGGAGUAGUUUUUAGAAGCUCUAUUAUAGAACUGUGCUGUGGUAAGAGGAUAGGUCCAACAAUGUCUAGGAGACUAAAAAUUUUCAAGGAAACAGAUUUUAGCAUCAUUUCUUUGGCAAAGGUGAGCGUCUGUACUGAGACUUAAUGUAUUUAAUCAUAUGUAAAUAUUUGUUUCCCAUCACUCUUGUAUAUACAGAUGUGUGUUUUUAUACAAAGUAAACUAAAUGAAUUAAAAAAGA